GUCGAUGCCUAACAUGUGACACAUUGUCACACAUAUUAUACCUAUUAAUACAGUUUUAUACAACACUAUACUCAUUGAAUAUAUUGUUAUUUUGGGAUUCAAUGAGAGUUUAGUUUUGAUUUAUCAUUGAAAAGGACGACAAACUAAUUAAUACAACAAAACAAUUAAUUUCUAGCCAUUAAUGGCCAACAUUUGAUUGAUUUAUUAAAUUGUUGUCUUAUUAUUGUGUAUUUCAUCGAUAAAAGCCAUGCAAAGAGCCACCAAUUGUCUGAUUAAAUCUAAUUUACUUCACUGGAGUGGUAGCAACUAUGGUCUGGCGGUCAACGGUCUUACCAAUCGAUUGCCAACCGUGACCAGUGUGGCCACCGACGGCAAGAAGUAUCAGUGGCGUACGUUUACAGCUCGGGCAGCACAGGAACCCUUCCUCAAUGGUUCGUCUUCCGUAUACGUCGAAGAAAUGUACAAAUCGUGGCUUAAAGACCCACAAACUGUCCAUAAGAGUUGGGAUGCAUUCUUCAAGAGCGCUACCGCUGGCCUACAGCCAGGACUGGCCUAUCAAAGUCCGCCCUCAUUGAGUUCAAGUGGUGUCUCAUUGCCAUCAAUUGAUAUCACAUCGAGUGCUGCCAUCACUCCAAAAGCCGAUGUAUCUACUGUUGGUCACCGAGAUAUUGACGACCACUUAUCGGUUCAGGCUAUUAUACGAUCAUAUCAGAUUCGGGGCCACUAUUUCGCAAGUUUAGACCCCCUGAGCAUUAAUGUUACUAAUCUUGACAGAGAAGGCGCUUGGCUUAAGGUUCAUAAUCUCGAGGAGAAAGAUAUGGAUCGACUGUUUAAGCUGCCGUCGACAACCUUUAUUGGUGGCGGCGAAACAGUACUUCCAUUGCGAGAAAUACUAAAACGUCUGGAAGAUGUUUACUGUCAGCGUAUUGGUGUUGAAUAUAUGUUCAUCAAUAAUCUGGAACAAUGCCAAUGGAUUCGCGAAAAGUUUGAGACACCGAAAAUCAUGGAACUAAAUGUUGAAGAGAAACGAACUUUAUUGGCUCGACUGACACGUUCUCAUAAAUUUGAAGAGUUUUUGGCAAAAAAGUGGUCGUCAGAGAAACGAUUCGGUCUCGAAGGUUGUGAAGUAUUGAUACCCGCCAUGAAAGCCAUCAUUGAUUUUUCAAGUGAUGCCGGAAUUGAAAGUAUUGUUAUAGGAAUGCCUCACAGAGGAAGGCUUAACGUGUUGGCCAAUGUUUGCCGCAAACCUCUCGAACAAAUUUUUGCACAGUUUAGUAGUUUAGAACCGGCAGAUGAGGGUUCUGGAGAUGUCAAGUAUCACUUGGGUAUGUCUCAUGAAAGGCUCAAUAGAAUGACCAACAAAAACAUCAAAUUGGCAGUUGUGGCCAAUCCAUCACAUUUAGAAGCUGCCGAUCCAGUAGUACAAGGAAAGACCAGAGCCGAACAGUUCUAUCGGGGAGACUCUCAGGGAAAGAAAGUUAUGUCUAUUCUACUUCACGGUGACGCCGCUUUUGCCGGACAGGGCAUUGUUUACGAGACUUUCCAUUUGGCCGAUUUACCCGAUUACUCGACACACGGAACUAUUCACAUUGUAGUCAACAAUCAAAUAGGAUUCACAACCGAUCCUCGUGUGGCUCGUUCUUCUCCAUACUGUACAGAUGUGGCCCGUGUUGUGAAUGCACCGAUAUUUCACGUCAAUGCCGACGAUCCCGAGGCCGUGGUUUAUGUGUGUACUGUUGCCGCUGAAUGGCGCGCAAAGUUUGGAAAAGAUGUUGUCAUUGAUUUAGUUGGUUAUCGCCGUAAUGGUCACAAUGAAAUCGAUGAACCAAUGUUUACACAACCAUUGAUGUACACAAAAAUUCGCAAACAGGUCACUGCAUUGGAUCAAUACGCUCGCAAACUGGUCGAAGAAAAUACUGUUUCCGAAAGUUUUGUUGAGUCUCUUAAUGAUAAAUAUGAUGCUAUUCUGACUGAGGCCUACAAAAAUGCAGAAAAAGAGGUGAAAAUGUAUAACAAAGAUUGGUUGGAUUCUCCGUGGAGUGGUUUCUUUGGUACCCGAAAUGAACUCAAAUGUGAUCCAACCGGUGUUCACGAGGACACACUUAUGCAUAUCGGUACUGCUUUUAGCACUCCACCGCCGGGAAACUUUAAAAUACAUCCGGGAAUUAAACGUAUUUUGAAAUCACGACUUGAAAUGAUUAAUGGACGAACCGUUGACUGGGCUCUGGCAGAGGCUAUGGCUUUCGGUUCUUUACUUAAAGAGGGUAUUCAUGUACGACUCAGUGGUCAAGACGUUGAAAGAGGAACUUUCAGUCAUAGACAUCAUGUUUUACAUCACCAGACAAUUGAUAAGACAACUUAUAGACCACUUUGCCAUUUAUAUGCAGAUCAGGCACCGUAUACUGUAUGCAACAGUUCAUUGUCUGAAUACGGAGUUCUUGGCUUUGAAUUAGGAUUUUCGAUGACAAACCCAAACGCAUUAGUCAUAUGGGAGGCACAGUUUGGCGACUUUUUCAAUACGGCUCAGUGUAUAGUCGAUCAGUUUAUAAGUAGCGGUCAGGCAAAAUGGGUCCGACAAAGUGGACUUGUUUUAUUGCUACCGCACGGCAUGGAAGGUAUGGGUCCCGAACAUUCUAGUGGUAGACCCGAACGGUUUCUUCAAUUGACAAACUCCGAGUGCGAUGAGUUUCCGCAAAUUGAUGAAAACUUUACAAUGAGACAAUUGCAUGACAUCAAUAUGAUUGUCGCCAACUGCAGUACACCCGCCAGUUAUUUCCAUACAUUGCGCCGACAAAUAAUACUUCCCUUUAGAAAACCUCUUAUAUUGUUUACACCGAAAUCGCUUCUUCGACAUCCAGAAGCAAAAUCUAGUUUUGAUGAGAUGAAUGACGGAACGACAUUCCGGGAAGUGAUUUCCGACUCGGGUCCGGCCGCACAAAAUCCACAAAAUGUUAAACGAUUAGUAUUUUGCAGCGGAAAGACAUAUUAUGAUCUAAUAAAAGAAAGAACAGCUAAAGGUUUGAACAGUGAAGUAGCCAUUUCACGUGUUGAACAAUUGGCUCCUUUUCCGUUUGAUUUGGUUCGCGACGAGAUUCUUAAGUACCCGAAUGCCGACCUCUUGUGGUCUCAAGAAGAACACAAGAAUCAGGGCUAUUGGGCUUUCAUUCAGCCACACUUUGACUGUGUCUUACGGCAUAUGAAUCUUACUGAUAAAAAAUUAAAGUAUGCGGGUAGACCUAUCUCCUCUUCGACGGCAACCGGAAGCAAACAUCUCCAUAAAAAAGAGUUCACAAAUCAUAUGAAUAGCACUUUUGAAUUGUAUUUUUAUGAAAAAAUGGUAAAAAAGUUGAGUAAAUCUCUUCGAAAACUAAUCAUUAAGAAAGAUAAAAAUGAUUUCAAUACAGAAUCACCAGUUAUUCAGAUUAAUAGCGAACCCAUAGUUUGUAAUACCGGUGCAAUUGAAUCAUCGGAAACACCGAUUUCAAGUACAAGUAUUAAUCAAUAUUUGAUUCAAUCAAAUCUUAGUCAAACUGAUUCAAACAGUUCAGACACCAGUUCAUCAACAACUUCAUUGCCGAGUAAUUAUGUCCACAAAGUGAUUACUAAUGAAUCAAAAGGUGAUAAAAAAUCAUCAAAAAAUCAACUCAAAGAAGAAGGAGUCAAUAGUAUUGCAGAGUUGAUCGUCUAUUUGCAUUCAGACAAACAAUUAGUGAAGAAUAAGUUACAAACUGAUAGAAAAGAGAUCCAUUUAUUACAGACACACGAAGAUGCUGUCGAUUUGGAUAAAUUUUUUACCGAAAAGAAAUCCAAAGUCAAAGACAAGUUGUGGCGAACACCAUAUUUUUGGACGAAACGAACUGACAAGAAGAUUGUCGAUCCUUCUGUCAAUGGAUUACAUUUAGUAAACAGAUUUGGCAAAGAAGUUGAUGACGGAUGUAAUGUAUCGUUAAAUCUUGCGUCAAAAGGUAGAGGCUUUGGUAAUGUUUUUCAGCGAACUCUUGAAUGGAAUGACAUUAUUGACGAAGCGGAUCAAGUAUUGAGAGGAUUUGAAGAUUUAAAAAAAUCAAACACACGAUCAGCGAGAAGAGGUUCACUACUUCAACCGAGAUUCAUAUUUUUGAGUCCACACCCGGAGGUGACGUACGAAAGAGUACUUCAAAGCGCUAAUUGUUUGCCACUUAGAAGUUGGACUUCGGAAUUAUUUCUCGAAUCCAAAGAAAGCUCCCAAUUGUUAGACUCGGAGACUAAACGUCAUCUGAAAUGGAAUCUAUCGGUUGAAGAUUUUCGUCAUUUGUUGUCACCAGAGUUAAGUCACUUCGGCAAUGAUGUCUACUCUCUGAUGAUUCAGGCGCGCCGUAGACAGAGUCUGUGUCCACCAAAACUCGAUACUCAACCGAUACCUUUCAGACGAAACAGUUUUCGCGGCGGAGGAGAACUGUGGACACCAAUGGAUAAAAGUAAACACAAGAAGAAGGAUUACGAACAUAAAAUGAAAGUUCUUUCGCGACAGAGUUCAACAACUAGUCUUCAUUUAUCUUCACCGGACUCUCUGCCGAUGACACAGACCAGCAAUUUCUUAAUUGUUCCCAAUUCUAAUGAUUCCUCGUCUUUCAAAAAAAACUAUACACAAUCUGAACCUAAAAUAAGUAGCAAAUCUAUGCCAAAGCAACAGACGAUCAAUUUUACAUCGCUUGAAGACUAUUGUCCACAGAUUGUGGCCAAUGAAUUGACAUUAAUAUCAAAGAAUUUAUUUUUAGCGCUAAAAAGUUCAGAAAUUAUUACUAUUUUGAUUCGUCCCAACUCUAUAAAUCUUGAUAACUGUUGUAAUAUAUCAGCACUUUUGGGAUUUCAAAAACGAAUCAUUCAAUUGAUAUCAAGUUAUAUAUUACAAGAAUUAGAUGUCAUAAUAUGUGCCAAAAGAAUUGCUUACUUUAUUGAGGUGGCUAAAGAGUUAAAGACACUGCAAAACUGGCAUUCAAUGAAUUCAAUUAUUCUGGGCCUUCAAAGUCCGCCCAUUGCAAGACUGCGUCAAAGUUGGCAAUUGGUGUCAAACGACUUUUCUGACGCUUACUGUGAGUUCAUUGAGAUAUCCGAACAGAUCAACAAAGAUGUUGGUCUUCUUGAUUAUACCGGACCAUCGAUACCAUUGUUCAACGAUUUUAUGGAUGACUUGAAAGAUAGAUGUGGUGCCAAAUACUUAGAGAUUAAGACACAUCGGUUGCGAAGUCAUUGGUCUCAAAAGGAAACACUAGCUCUUUGGGUGGACAAACAGAUUGUGGACCUGAUAUCAGUGGUCAACGAGAAAAAGGAAAUACAGAAAAAAGUUGAUAAUAUCCGCAAAACAAGUAAUGAUAAUCAUAGCAAAAGUUCAAUAAUGAAAAAGUUGAAGAAUUUUAAAACUAAAAAUAGUGUCAAUAGUUCAGAAUAUUCUGAUUCUUUGAGUAACUGUGGCUCCGAUAGUCGUACCGAUUCGGUCACAUCCAUCAAUAGCGAACGGUUACGGUUGAAAAUGUUAGCUCAAAAUCAUACGAUGCCAUCGUAUAAAAACAUUUGGUCCGUCGCUGACGUACAUAAACUCAGAGAAUUAGACGAGAAAGUCAUACUCGAAGAAAUUGCCAGAGGAUUGGUAUGCUAUCAGAGAAACGCUAAUCUUUAUUACUUGAAUGAUAGCAAUCGUAAAGUCAGAGAUUUCCUAUUAAUGCACUCAUACGACGAACUGGACAACUGUUUAAAGAAAUCAUAUUCAAUUGAAAAACCAAAGCAAUCAUCAAAAUAUUAAUUAAAUAAUAAUAAUAACUA